UAUUUUGUUCAUAAUACUUGUAGCAUAUUAAAAUAUUUUAUUCAUAGACAUAAGAUAAUACGAUAAUUGUGCAUUCGUGCUACGAAUUUGGGUGUUAGGACGUCGUGUCGUUCGUAUUAUUAUACGAUGAGGCUUACGGAAUACCUGAGAGACUUUAAGAAAGUCGGAGAAUUGACGAAAAAGUAUGCGAAUUUACCGGAUUCUUACAUCAAGCGUAGCAUGGAAAAGAUUGUAUGGAAAACGCCACAGAACAAUCCUCGUUACUUGCCAAGGACGGUUAAAAAGAAAAAAUAUCAUUUUUCUGAGCACAGGCCUUGGUCGAUGCCAUUUCAAAGUCAAAACAAUUUUGGCGAGUUAAAGCCAAAAGUAUUUUUGGAACCAAUCAAAGAUUGGUCAAUUUUUAAAGGAGAUAGAGUCGAAAUUUUGGUUGGACCUGAUAAGGGAAAACAGGGAAUCGUUGGACAGGUGAUCCAAGAACGCAAUUGGGUAAUUGUUGAUGGUUUAAAUUGUGAAUUAGAAGAAGUUUCUCAUUAUAAAGGACACUUAUCAAUGGUUCAAAUGAAAGAAAUUCCACUAUUAGUAACUAGUGAGGUUGCAUUAGUAGACCCGUCAGACUUACAAGGCUGUACUGUUGAAUGGAGAUUUACAGAGAAUGGUGAUAAAGUACGAGUGUCUUCCAGAAGUGGAAAAAUAAUUCCAAUUCCAUCAUUAGCAAAGCAAACUUAUGAUUACAAAACACCAAAUACUUAUAAAGAAAGUGAAAAAGAUACUUCAGCAGACGAUAUAAAAAAAAUAACUUUUGCACCUUUAUUGAAAACAUUUGAAAUGGAUAUCAUGGAUGAAAUGGAUAUCAAAGAAGAUAGAGUACCAGCUCCAACUUAUUGGUAUUGAUUGUGUAAAAUUGAAUUAGUAUAGAAAUCUUUUAUAAUAAAUUUGAGCAUUUUGAGUUUAAUUCA